AUGCAGGCUCGACCUGGUGACGGCACGGGAGGAGUUGGUGCGUGUUUCGUCGGUGAGCUUCUGGCCAUGCCCGUGCCGUCAUCCCGGGUGUCGUACCGUUAUAGUGGUCAACGGCCCUGUCCUUCUGAGCAGACGCGCAACACCACUCAGACCGACAGUGCGGCGGCGGCGGAGGAGGAGGAGGACGAGGAGGAGGGGGAGGAGGGGGAGGGGGAGGAGGAGGACUCGGAGGGUAGCGGUGACGAUAGUGAGCCGGGGUGGACACCCGAGACUCAUGGCGGUGGUGGUGCGGACGGGGGAGGAGAUGAGGAUGAGGAGAUGGAAGGGUUGGAGCCAGAGGGGGUAGAGGAGGGGGUUGGUGAGGGAGGAGGGGUUGCCGCGGCUACCACAGAGGAGGCAUCUCAGCACGUGGGCGGAGGACGGCCGCGCGGAGGUGUUAAGGUUGGGCAAAAGAGGCCAUUGAUUGGGACCAGGAAGAAGAAAGCCGAGAAGGAGAGGACACGGACGUAUCCUUGCACCUUCAGAGGGGUGGAUCUGGGCGAGGGUGUGGUUGCUCCAGAGUUCCUCGACGAUGAUGGACAGCCCGAGAGUAGCCAGGGGAUGCCGGACGGCUACGUAUACUAUUGGCCGCCUACAGAAAAGUGGCCAAACAUCCCAAAGAAGGGUGGGAGGGCGGAGCGGCGAGGGGCUGAGGGGUCCGGCGUCGUUGGGAUCAAGACCUACAUGUUGAAGAAGCUGUCAGAGGUGGAGCUUCGUCAGGCGAUCGCCAAACUGGUGGUGACCUGCGACCCACUGAAGAUUGUGGAGGCUGAGGCGUUUCGCGAGCUUCUAACCCUGUGCAACCAACACUGCGGGGACAAGAACUUCAUGCCGUCGCGAUGGACGGUGGCACGCGACAUUGUGGCGUUUGCGGCGGCCGCUCUGUCGGCGGCCAAGGCGGAGCUGCAGGGGAAGGAGGGGGAGUUGGGGUGCAAGGUGUCAAUGACCAUUGACAUCUGGACUGCACCCAAUAGGAAGGCAUGGAUAGUAGUGACGGGUAACUGGAUAGACGAAUCUUUCCAGCUGCGCGAGGCAGUGCUCGAGUUUCGCGAACUGACUGGUCGUCAUGGAGCAGUGCAGAUCGCGCAGGUCGUGGAGGACACGGUGGUGAAGUGGGGGUUGGAGAGGCGUUGUAUGGGCCUCACCUCAGACAACGCCUGGGCCAACAUUGCCGCGUUUCGGAGGCUGUCGGAGGAGGGUGGUGUUCGACGCUUCUUUAACACUCGCCUGCACUUCAGGUAUGAGUGUUGUGUGUGGGGGUGA